AAAAACCAAAACAAUUCAACAGCUGAUAUAAAGAUGGCGGCCCUGUGCUCGCAAGUGACCGCUAGUCUGGACUCGAAAGAGUCUGGGAAUAAAAUUCACGCCAUUUUACGGCGGUGCAGGGGUCGACCCAGGCUGUCGGAGACAGACCGAGCUCGUAGACGACUCGAAUCCCGGAAAAAGUACGAUGUCCGACGAGUGUACCUCGGAGAAUCGCACAAGGUCUGGAGCGACCUGCGGCAGGAAACCUGCAUGAGCGACGCUGGACUCGCCGAGUAUUUAAUCUUGCUGAACUCGGCUUAUGGGGAAAGAUACAAGCAGAAAUACUGCGUGAAGAACUUUCCAGAACUGUGCAGAAAUCAGAAAAAAGGAAAGAAGGUGGCUGCAACAAGCUUGCACAGCUUGGUAAGCUGGUAUCAGCAGCACUGCCAGAUUUGUUCUCUUGAACCAGAACUGCGAUCUGUGGAGCCAACCCUGGGUGUGUCCACUACUGUGCUCUGGCAGUGUGAUGCUGAGCAUUCAUUCAUACAACACAUUUCAUGGCCUGUGGGGGGCAGUAGCGAAUCAGACGAGGACGACAACAAUGGUGAGCCGGAGCCAGAAAAAACGACAGCUGUCCAGACUGCAGCAAAAGCUGUGAGCAACCAGAGGACACUGGCAGAUACAGAAGAUGAGCUGGAAAGUGCCACAGCAGACGUUUCUGAAAUGGCUCAACAGAUGUCCUCCACGGCUUUCAGUCAAGUCUCAUCCCAAAGCGAAGUUGCCCCAUCCUCGCCCUCCCAGGGAGACCAGGUCAUGUGGGAAACGGAGGCAGAAAGAGAACGAGAACGAGAACUUGCCAUGACUGACUGUGAAAAUGAAGCAAGAGAUGACUUUCCUUUAGUGGAGGAAGCUAGUAAGGUAAAGCCUGAAGUUUUAAGAGGUCGUGGUCUUGGGACAAAUGGUUAUGAAUGUGUGGUGGUUACUGCGGCUUUGAUGGAAAGCCUCAAUGGACCGCAUGAAUCCAGUCGUUUACCAGGGGCCAUUGAAGAGAACAGAGCACGACCAGUCUCAGGAGGAAUGAGCCAUACGCCCACAGCAGCCACUCCAGUACAAGCAGAGCUCUAUGAAACCCAAGCACUGCAAAACAUAGUGGGAAACUGUGAGCUACCAGACCAUACACUUCAGGGUUCACAGCUAAUCAUAAUCACAGGAUCCAGUUAUGAAGCGAUGACCUCUGAAGGCAUUCAGCUUAACAUGGGUGGUGGAGACGUGGAGGGGGUCACAUGCACAGUGAUAGAGGGGAUGUCUUAUAAUCGCUGUGCCAAUCAGAAGCAGUCGUCCACAAUAAUUAUGAUUAAAUCCAUAGGAGUAACCAUUAAAGCAGUUUACUUGUGCUACCUGAGUGAAAAGCAGCAGUUGGAGCCGAGUGAAGAAUCACACAAUCAGAAAGCUGUUCAGUGUUCUCUCAGCAGGUCUAAGAGAAGUCGACAGGGUCCAGUCAUUGAGGCAGAUGGCAUGCUAAAAAUGUUCCACUGUCCAUAUGAGGGAUGCAGCCAGGUGUACGUGGCCCUCAGCAGCUACCAGAACCAUGUGAACCUGGUACACAGGAAAGGCAGAACUAAAGUAUGUCCACAUCCUGGCUGCGGGAAGAAGUUUUACUUAUCUAACCAUCUGCAUCGCCAUAUGAUUAUUCAUUCAGGAGUGCGAGACUUCAUCUGUGAGACGUGUGGCAAAUCUUUCAAACGCAAGAACCAUUUAGAGGUGCACAGGCGCACUCACACAGGAGAGACGCCAUUACAGUGUGAAAUCUGUGGUUAUCAGUGUCGUCAACGGGCUUCCCUCAACUGGCACAUGAAGAAGCACACUUCAGAAGCGCACUACAACUACACCUGCGAGUACUGCGGCAAACGCUUUGAGAAACUUGACAGUGUCAAGUUCCACAAGCUCAAAAGCCACCCUGAUAGUCAGACCACUUGAAAGACAAUUUUCAGAACAGAGGCAAGAUGGAUAGUUUAUUAUUUAAGAAUAAAUCUGCUUUAACACCA